AUGCCGCCUCACUCCUUCAAACGAAUCGGCAUCGUCGGAGCCGGCAACAUGGGCUCGAUGAUGAGCUUCGCCUUCACCGAGCUCGGGCUGGACGUAUCCAUCUGGGACGUGAAGCGCGAAAACGUCGACGGGAUCAAGAAAUGGUACGAAGAAGGGAAAUUCAGCGGCAAGGGAAAAGUGGAAGGCUUCUACGAGAUCGAUAAAUUCACCAAGAGUUUGGAAGGUCAAGGGGAACGGAAACUUUUUAUCUUCUCUAUCACCCAUGGCGAUCCCGCAGACUCGGUCUUGGAUAUGAUCCAGAAUGAUCUAAAAAAGGGAGAUAUUAUCCUCGACGGCGGGAAUGAGAACUAUCGACGGACUGAGCAGCGACAGCAACGAUGCAAGGAACUCGGCGUCAGUUGGAUCGGUAUGGGUGUCUCGGGCGGGUAUCAAUCGGCUCGCCAUGGCCCGAGUUUAUCGCCUGGGGGUGAUCCGGAAGCGAUUGAGCUUGUCUUGCCGUUGUUGGAGCAGUAUGCUGCCAAGGAUGAAAAGACCGGCAAGCCUUGUGUGACGAAUGUGGGACCUGCUGGUUCGGGUCAUUUUGUUAAGAUGGUCCAUAAUGGUAUUGAGGGGGGAAUGUUGUCUACCACGGCGGAGGCGUGGGCUUUGCUUCAUUGGGGAUUGGGGAUGGAGUAUCAGGAGAUCUCUGAUAUAUUUGAAGACUGGAACACGAAUGGAGAGUUGCGGAAGAACUUUCUGCUCGACAUUGGUGUGCAGAUCCUGCGCACGAAGAAGACUCCUCAAGGUGACUACCAAGGCGAAGGCGCCAGUCAGAACGGCGGUUACGUGCUGGAUGACGUGCUCGACAAAGUGGUACAGGACGACGAUGACACCGAAGGAACGCCCUACUGGUCGGUUAUGGAGACCGCGAACCGACAUGUGGCCGGUCCUACGCUUGCUACAGCGCACUAUAUGCGUAUCGCUAGUGGUAAUCGCGCUGAGCGACUGGAGGUUGCCAAGAAGCUCAACAUCCCUGGUCCCAAGGCCAUCGACACCAAAGAUCCCAAAGACUUCAUCGAGAAGCUGCGUCGCGCCGUCUACUGCUCCUUCUUGGCUUCAUUCUGCCAGGGACUGGAGUUGAUCGCGCGCGCAUCCAAGGAUGAGGGAUGGAACGUCGAUCUCGGCAAAUGUAUCCAGAUCUGGCGUGGGGGAUGCAUCAUUCAGUCUGAAGCUAUUGCAGAUCUUCUGCAACCGCUCAUGCGUCCUGAUCUGACUAACAUGAAGUUCCUGGAUGAGGUCGCCCGGGAGCUGCACAAGCACUUCGACGCGCUUAAGGACGUGGUGUUGGCGGCCACAGUAGCAGAUCAGUAUAUUCCCGCGUUGUCUGCGACGUUAGAGUAUCUGAAGUACGAAGGAGGGACGAUGCUGCCUACCAAGUUCAUGGAGGCGCAGAUGGAUUUGUUUGGCGCCCAUGCCUACUACAAACCGGGCGUACCUGGAGAGGAUCCGGGCCCGGUGAAGAAGGGACCUCACCACUACGAGUGGCAAUCGAGUCCGCAAAGCAACUCGCCCAAAGAAUGGCCGCCCUUCCCUCCACCUACGACGCCCGUCCGUAUCGCCGUCAUUGGCGGUACUGGUCUGCGUGAGCUCCCCGGCUUCACCCAGGUUGCGUCGUUGAACAUCUCGACUCCUUGGGGCACCCCCUCCUCCCCCAUCACCAUCCUGCACCACAAGUGCUCCCACAACAACCAGACGGUCGCCAUCGCCUUCCUGAGCCGUCACGGUCUGCACCACCAGAUCGCUCCCCAUGAGGUUCCUGCCCGCGCCAACAUCGCCGCUCUGCGCUCCAUCGGUGUCCGCACCAUCAUCGCCUUCUCCGCCGUCGGUAGCUUGCAGGAGGAGAUCAAGCCCCGCGAUUUCGUCGUUCCCGACCAGGUCAUCGACCGCACCAAGGGUAUCCGUCCCUUCACCUUCUUCGAGGGCGGCGUCGUCGCUCACGUUCCCUUCGGUGACCCCUUCGAUGAGGGUGUCGCCAAGGUCGUCCGGGCCUGUGGACACAGCUUGGAGGGUGAGGGUGUGGUCCUGCACGACCGCGGUACCCUGAUCUGCAUGGAGGGACCUCAGUUCUCCACCCGCGCUGAGAGCAAGCUGUACCGCUCCUGGGGUGGCAGCGUCAUCAACAUGUCCUGCCUGCCCGAGGCCAAGCUGGCCCGCGAGGCCGAGAUCGCCUACCAGAUGAUUUGCAUGUCCACUGACUACGACUGCUGGCACGAGUCGACCGCCGAUGUGACCGUGGAGAUGGUCAUGGGCAACAUGAAGGCCAACGCCGUCAACGCCAAGCGCUUCGUGACUGCUGUGCUGGACGAGCUGGCCGCUGAGCAGAACUCGCAGCUGGUGCAGGCCAAGCACAUCGAAGGAUCCGUCAAGUUCGGUAUGAGCACUGCCCAGCCCAACUGGAGCCCUGAGGCUCGCGAGCGGAUGAACUGGCUGUUCCCUGGCUACUUCAACUAG